UGAGCCUAUAAAUUGCCCUUGGCCACCCGUGAUCUUCCGGGUCACUCACACACGCCACGCAGAUUCACUUGAGUGCUCAGUGCUUUUAUGCUGUUAUAUAUAAUACAUCCACUAAGCAGAGGAAAACGCUUCGCCGCGUGGACUAUAGUAGUUGUUUAGCACAAAUCUUCAAGCCCAAAUCUGUGUGCCUGUAAGCCAAGCCAAGCCAUCCAAACCCAAAACCCCACAACAUCGUUCAAAAUGCUGGACUACUACCCUCAUUAUGCCGCUGACCUCACCAAACAGCAGCUGAAGAAACUAAUCGAAGUCCUGAGCAUCGACAGCGACCAGGACGCCGCCGAGACCGAGUAUCUCGGGCAGAUCCGCAGUCCCCAGGUCGUGCAGCAGAUCAAGGAAGCCAUCCGCGGGCUGCCGACGGAGCUCCGCCAGCGCUCCAAGUGGGUGCGCAUGCUGCGCCACGAUGCGGAGGCCGCCGUGCUGUGCGAGGUCCACGAGGAGCUCAACGCCUAUGUCAUCGGCAGCCUCUUCGCGCUGCUCCAGCGGGAGGUGUCCCACAAUCUGACCUUCUUGAAGUGGUACCGCGAGUUCUCGGACGAGGCGGUCAACAACCUCGUCGACGCCCUGCUGGCGGUUACCGGAAUGUGGUGGAUGCCGGAGGCCAAGGACGACGUGCCCCCCAAGGGCGCGGUCUGCUUCCAGGAGAACAAAUGCGAGGCGUGUAUGUUGGCGAGAAUCGUGGAUGAGCCAUGGUGUCUGCGCAACCUCCGCACAGCGCUGGUCAGUCGCGUGCGAACCAAACCUGAAAUCCGGAUCCCGAAAUUGCUCCCUUUCGUGGACGCGGCCAUCGGGUCGUUCGCUCCUGAGGGGGAGGCGGCAGUCAAGGCCUACGGAGGCCUUCCGUGCGACUUGGGCUACACGAGCAGCUGCCUGGCCUUCAAGGUCAAGGCCGCGCGCGCGGACGCUCUAUAUGUUGCCGCUCGGCAGCUCCGUCAGGCGAACAAAGUGAUGCAAAGGGAGCAAGUCCUGAACGACAAGCUGCGGCACCGCACGCGCUCUCGCGCAGCAGAUCAUCCGUACCAACCCGAGGAAAUCAUCUACACAGACGAGGACUUGCAGCAGGCAGAUGAUCGUUCCACGGCCCAUGUCAGGAUGGCUCCCAGCCCCCGACGACGGAAGAAGUCGGUCAAGCAGCCCAAACCCAAACAUGCCAGAACCACACGGCUGCCGCACCUCGACAGUAUCGCGGAGGAGGCAGGUGUUGAGGAUAUCGUCGUCAAGGAGGCUACCAAAGUACAGGUUGAUUACGCGGGAACCGCCAUCCUGGUAACCCCGAGCCAUUCAAAAUCCACUGCUGACAAUAUGGUAACAGUUCGUCCCUUGAACGUGAAGAAACCGAGCUUGGGAGAGGAAAAUGCUACCCUCAUCCAUGACGAAGGUGCCUCGCCAGAGGCCCGCAUGGUGAAAGCCCCUUCCUCUAGCAGUUCGGAUUUGGAGGAAGACAGGCUAGAGCACGAGAUUCAAGCGUUGUUGCUGCCGCGCCUUGCCAAAGGACCUCCCGUGGGUCCUAGAUACCCUUCCUCGACCGGGGGUUUGACGCAACGCCGCCGAGCAGAGCCUUCCGAGGAUCUGGAAGACCUCGAUCUGAAUAGCAUAUGUAACGAAAUAGCUCUGCAAGAAAAAGCUCUUUGGACGCCGACCUUCGUUGAUCAUAUAGCAGCCCAACCCUACCAUCACGACGAACCAUCCUCGUCAGAGUGUAGUAGUAUCCAUACCACCACGCGAUCCGCGAUUCCAUUCUUCAACAAGUCCGGGACUAGCAGGCGGGGUUGAAAGAUUGAGGUGACUGGGGGCAAUUCCAUUGAUUGCAGAGGACGACGGCGUUUGAAGGUAGCAAGUUGAUUUCCCAUGUACAUUGCAUCUCAAUUAUAAUAUAAGCUCCAUAUAAUAAGCUAAUAAAUAAUGAUGAAAAGAAGAGAAAAGUAAAAGCAGAAACCGGUCAUUAUUUCGAAGUCUCACAGCCAUGCGUGGUAGUCCAGUGGCAGUCCAAUGUCGUACUGAGCAAGAAGUGAUGAAACCA